AUGCUAAGAAGAAAUGAUUUUUUUCCGAAUUCAAGAGUACCAUUACGAUCAUCUGCUAUUGACAUUCAUCCGAAUGCAAAAUGGAUACAGAAUGGUCUUACUGUGGCUGGAGGAAAUGGAGAAGGCAAUAGAAUCAAUCAAUUCUCUUACCCAUGGGGUUUGUAUGUCGAUGAUGAUCAAACUAUUUAUGUCGCUGAUCAUUGGAAUCACCGUAUUAUGGAAUGGAAAUAUGGUGCGACAAGUGACCAAGUUAUUGCUGGUGGAAAUGGACAAGGAAAUGGAGCUAAUCAGUUAAACUUUCCAUUUGAUGUAAUUGUCGACAACGAGAGAGAUAGUCUCAUUAUCAGUGAUACAAAUAAUAACAGAGUAGUUCGAUGGCCUCGUCGAAAUGGUACUCGUGGAGAAACAAUUAUCUCGAACAUCUCUUGCAUGGGUUUGACAAUGGACGAGAAUGGAUCUCUCUAUGUUGUUAACUGGAAAAAACAUGAAGUGAGACGAUAUAGAAUUGGUGAUACUGAAGGAACAGUAGUUGCAGGUGAAAAUGGAGAAGGAAAUCGUCUCGAUCAACUUUCUGGCCCCCACAAUGUAUUUGUCGAUCGAAAUCAUUCACUGUACGUGUCUGACUAUGAUAAUCAUUGUGUAAUGAAAUGGGAAGAACGUGCAAAACAAGGCAUUGUCGUAGCCGGUGAUCAAGAAUAUGGCUAUAGUCUUACACAAUUGAAUAAUCCUGUAGGAGCUGUUGUCGAUCAAUUGGGUACUGUCUAUGUGGCUGAUUCUUGGAAUGAUCGAAUUAUGCGUUGGCCAAAAGGCGCCACACAGGGAAGUGUGAUUGCUGGAGGAAACGGUCGAGGGCGAGAGUCGAAUCAAUUAACUCUUCCCUCUGGUUUAUCAUUCGAUCGACAUGACAAUCUAUAUGUCAUCGAUCGCGACAAUACUCGAGUACAAAAAUUUUCAAUCGAACAGACAACAAAUUAA